AUGAGGCUUUCCUUCAUACUGGCGUUGGUUCAUUGGCUCUCCCCUCUAUUAGCAUGGGGAUCGCCUGAUCUUGUCAAGUUGGACAAGCUCUUCUGGAGUCUCCCGUCCGGUCAUACGGGAAGCUGUAUGGACCACGAUAUGGAGACGAUCAUUCAAGAGGCAAGCAUCCACAUCAACAAGGCAGGAUACCUCCUCAAUUUCCUGAUGAAUGGGAGGGUCAAGAACAGCCAACUUUCAAUCAACGCGCUCAAUCUAGCAUCGGAGUAUUUCGGCAUCGAUUACGAGGAAGAAGACGAUUGCGUCCUCGCAAUCACUUGGGGAUUAGAUGCGGAAAACCGACUCGACGUCAAAGGGCUUUAUAUCGCCAAAAGCCUUUCGCCACAGAAAGACGGGGUCUACCAAUACCAAAAAGUGAAAUUCGCAACAGGAGGUCCCAAAGCAGGCCCCGACACGAAAUACUGUGUGAGCACGACUGGCGGAGAAAUGACAACAGCCAGCGUUACGCAACUCCCUCGCCUCUUGGUUCUUUGCAAGAAACUUUUUACCCUGAAAACUCUCCCCCAAGCAAGAGAGGAGGCAGAGAAACUAAUGAAAACGAAUGACCCAUAUAUCGAUGAUUGUGAAACUAGAGCCUCUCAUCUCGUGCACGAGCUUAUGCACAUGGUCAACUCGAGAAUUGUCGACGUGCCGGUGCGGGAAAAUGGUGUGAUAAAGUCGGUGUACGGCCCCGCGAUGUGUAAGAAAUUGGCCCGACAGAAAUUUGAUGAGACCUGGGGUAGGAAGGCUACUGACAACGCGGAUAACUACCGGUUGUUCGCCUUGGGAGCCACCUUCAAGAAUGUUAACUGGUGGCCGCAGGGGUACGCGGUUAAUGUCGAGGGUGAAUCAGAUAACUAG